AUGGCCGACGAAGCUACCAAGGCCAAGAUCCGAGCCACCUUCGACAAGCUCACUCCCCAGGACUUUGCCUCUGUUGCCGGCAACAAGGAUGGCCUCGCCGACAAGGUCGCCGCCGCCUACGGUAUCUCCAAGGAGGAAGCCGUCAAGCAGGUCGAAGCCGCUUUCGCCAAAUAA